AUCUGUUGACCAGCCAGGGUUUGGUCGAGCUGAAAGGCCCAGGUAGGAACCCAGAGCUGGUGAGACAGACUGGGGUAUCAGGGGGUGACACACCCCAUUUUUCAAGGAUCCUGCCUACCCCAUCCCCAGGAACACGUGGCCAGGCCCACUGCCCUUCCUCCUACCCCACCAGUGCAAGCACCUCCUGGGACCGCUACUACCCAAUAUUACCAGGGCUCCCCAAGACUUCUGAAGAGUUAAGACUGAUUGGAGACCACUUCAGUCCACGCGCGACAGCACCCCACUCCCUCCCCGGGAUGCUUUGGGCAUGGCUUCUGGAGCUCCAGAGAACAACAGCCCAAUGGCCUGUGGCACAGAGAUCACAGGCUUCCUGGAUGCACUCCUCCAAGACUUCACAGCCCCGCUGAGCCCAGAGAGCCCUUUGCCAUGGAAGAUACCGGGGACAACGCUGAGCCAAGAAGAGGUGGAGGGGGAACUGGUUGAGCUGGCAAUGACCUUUCUGGUCAGCAGAAACGCUCUGCCAUCAGUUGCUGCAGCUCUGACCCAUGAAGCAAUUUCCCAGCUGCUACACACAGACCUUUCUGAGUUUAGGAAGUUACCCAAGCAGGAAGAGGAGGAGGAAGAGGAGGAGGAGGAAGAAAAGCCUCCUGUGACCCUACUAGAUGCCAAAGGCCUGGCACGGAGUUUCUUUAAUCAGCUCUGGGAAGUAUGCGGCCAGUGGCAGAAGCAGUUGCCAUUGACUGCCCAGACCCCACCAAGGCAGUGGCUGGUCUCUAUCCAUGCCAUCCGGAACACUCGCCGCAAAAUGGAGGAUCGGCAUGUGUCCCUUCCUUUCUUCAAUCAUCUCUUUGGCUUCUCAGACGCUGUGGAUCGUGCCUACUUUGCUGUGUUCGAUGGUCACGGAGGCGUGGAUGCUGCGAGGUAUGCCGCCGUCCAUGUGCAUGUCAAUGCCGCCCGCCGGCCGCAGCUGCCCACAGACCCUGAUGGAGCCCUCAAGGAAGCUUUCCAGCUCACUGAUGACAUGUUUCUCUGGAAAGCGAAGAGAGAGCGGCUACAGAGUGGCACCACAGGUGUAUGUGCGCUCAUUGCCGGAAAGACCCUGCACGUCGCCUGGCUCGGGGACUCCCAGGUCAUCCUGGUGCAACAGGGACAGGUGGUAAAGCUGAUGGAGCCACACAAACCCGAGCGACAGGAUGAAAAGGCACGGAUCGAAGCACUGGGUGGCUUUGUGUCCUUCAUGGACUGCUGGAGAGUCAACAGGACCCUGGCUGUGUCCAGAGCUAUCGGGGACGCCUUCCAGAAGCCAUAUGUGUCUGGGGAGGCAGACGCAGCCUCCCGGGAGUUGACGGGCUCGGAAGACUACCUGCUGCUCGCCUGUGAUGGCUUCUUUGAUGUUGUCCCCCACCAGGAAGUCGCUGGUCUGGUCCACAGUCACUUAGUCAGACAGAAGGGCAGCGGGCUCCAUGUUGCUGAGGAGCUCGUGGCUGAGGCCCGCGAGCGGGGCUCCCAUGACAACAUCACAGUCAUGGUGGUCUUUCUCAGGGACCCUCAGGAGCUGCUGGAGAACAGGAUCCGUGAGGCAGGGGACUCUCAGGCAGACAUGCAAAGCCAAGCCUCAACCUCCGGCCUCUCAGAGUUUGAGAUCAACACUGCACAAAGAAGCUAGAUGGUCUAGGCCCCCUCCAACCCCCAAACAACUCCUCACUCACCCUUGUGACUCUUCCCUUCAGAGGCCUUAGGACCUGACAGGCAGCCGUGGGCAGGGGGUACUCACUACACAGCACUUCCCCAGCACCCGAGAUGCUUGGGAUGCUUGCUGCAGCCUGUCUUGAUGACCUCAAAACUGCAUCAUUUAGCAAGUGGAUCUCAAUAGAAAGCAUAGGAAAAAAAAAAAAAAAAAGACCUCACCAAAGAGCAAAGUGGCCUGGGAAGUGGACCAGCUCUUGCCCACAAGCUUCCAUCGAGACAAGGGUGUGACUGGAGGCCAUAGGCACCUGGUGGAAACCUGACCAAAGACAUGGGGGUGGGGGCUGUAGGGGGACACAUGGAUCCAUGGGGUGCAUUUGUGGGGUUCAGGCAGAUCCAGGAGGCCCAAUGAACCUUCACGUAUAUGCCCAAGUAGGUCCCAGCAGGCAGGAUGUCCAGUCCACUUUCUCAUGGCUUCUCAUGGUGGCAUGGUCCUGCCUGACCACGCUGACUUCCCAAAGAGGAGACCGUGGCCUCCUGAGGAAGGAGGUGCACUGCUGGUAACUGACAGCGCCGUGAUACAUGGGGACCACUGGACCUCUGGGGCGAGGGACGCUCCAAGCUCACGGCGAUGCCAUGUGCAUGUCUCUUGUUUGUGUGUUUGAAUUUAUUCCAGGGAAAAGUCUUAAUUCAGAAGCAGUAUUUCAGGUUUUAUCUCUUUUUUUUGUUUUUGUUUUUUCAGUGCCAAGAUGACCCAUGGUGUCAUAUAAUUUAAGCAGAGCUUAGCAUUUAUUCUAUUCCUUAGAAAACUUAAGUAUUUACUUUUUUGGUUUUACUUUUUUGUGCAAACACUUUUUGCAGUAUUAUUGAUUUUCUUUUUCUAAAUCAGGAUUGGAGCAGAAACUUUACCAGGUGGUGUUAAUAAGCCACUUAAGUGCCUUAAACUGCUUUGGGAGAGAGAAAAACUGCUGGCCAGUUAUAGAUUCUGACAGGCCUGCUGAAAUUCCCACAAAAGCAGCAUUUGUUUUGUUAGGAAGACAUGACUUGGGCUAGAAACCUUUUUAGAAGAGGUUUUCUUUUGUGUUUGUUUUUAUUUCUUGUGAUGCUGUGCACCUCACCUCCCCAGGAGUCUUUAAGGUGUUUAGCAGGAGCCAUGCCUGUGAGAGCUGGGGUCUAGACGGGCCCAGAUUUCAAGGCUCUGGGUGUCUGGAGUGAUGGCUGCCUCCUUACACUCCAUCCCCCCACCCCCGUAUACACACACACACUCCAGGCCCUGCCAGGCAAGUCUAGCCAGAUACCAGGCAUUUGGACCUUUACUGUUUGGUUGGAAUGUUCCAGAAAGUCUUUGUGUAGUUUCAUUGGUUUCAUUUGGGAAAGUGAGAGGUUCUGGCAAGCAAAGGCAGCACAGUGUCUCCAUCGGCAGUCUGACAUUGUCAGCACAAACCCUCAUCUGGGUCUGUGGCUUGGCGUCCUCCCUCGCGGACCUGACCUAUAGCCUGACCAGCCUUAAAAGACACUGGCAAGGAAAAGCUGUGAUACUUAAGGGCCGCAGGGAGCUCCUACAACCUGUGAAGAGUUGAAAACAGAAGGAUAAGCAAGGAAGCCAGGCACUGAGGAACAGGCAGAGGCUAGCAGGGCCAGAGAGCAGUGAGUGACUUAAUAGAAGUUUGGAGAAGGGGGAGAAACUUGGCUGAGUUCUCCAUGGAGAUGAUCAAGAGUCCUGCAGAGCAGUAUCCCAAUUGCCCCAGCUUUUUUCUCAGCUCACAAACAGGACAGGUACACAAAUUCCCCCCUCUUGAGGCAAGUCCUCUGUCCAGCAGGAAGGGAGGGAGCCAUCCCUGAUUGGCAUGCCAAUUCUCCCCUGUAGAGAUGGAGUGUUUAAACCUCACAAUCAAUGCCCUCCUCAGGGUUUCCUAAUAGCAUCUUAAAACACAUUCAUAGCCAGGCACCAGUGGCUCACGCCUAUAAUCCUAGCUACCCAGGAGGCUGAGAUCUGAAGAUCGCAA